AUCGCAGUGUGGUUGUCGGCCAUCACCUGGGUCACAACGACGAUGAGCAGCGAGCGCCAGCACUUACUCUCCGUUCUUCCGUCGGCCGCCAUGCACAAGUACCGUCUUGCGCCGCCGCUAUGGUUUGCGUUCAGCCUCGUCGGCGGUAUGAUCUACGGCUACAACGUCAGCAUUGCGCCGUCGCUGCCCUACAUUGCCGACAGCCUCAACCUCUCAACGUCGCACCAAGAGAUGGCCAGUGCGGCCGCGACGCUAAGUGACGCGGCGGCCAUGCUGAUCGGCGGGCGGCUCGCCGACAUCUUUGGCCGGCGCAACGUCGCUUUGCUCGCGUGCGCCAUGACCAUGCUUGGCGCGGUCGGGUCGGCUGCGUGGCACAGCUCUUUUGGCGCGUUCCUCUUCUGGCGGCUCUGCACCGGCGUCGGCAACGGGCUCUCGAUCCUGAUUUUGCCCAUGUACAUUGCCGAGGGGACGGACACGGCCACGCGUGGCAUGGCCGUCGCCUUUUACCAGCUCGGCGUCCUCUCGGGCACGGUGCUGCCGUACGUUGUCAUUUUGCUCUCCGAGAGCUGGCUCCUCACGAUGCUGCUGGGCUCUCUGCCCGCCGCCGCGAUUGCAACCAGCUUUCUCACGGGUCUCUUCAAGGAAAGCCAAGCGUGGCGCGGCUACAAGAACGACCUCGCCGCGACCUCGGCGCUCGAGGCGCGACUGGACGCAAACGAUGCGACGCCGCUAACACCCGAGUCUCUCGGCAGCCCCCACUCGGUGCGGGAACUCUGGAUCGGCAUUUUGCUUGCGUACUCCAACAACUCGAUCGACGCAUCGCUCUUUUAUGGUCCGCAGAUCGUGUCCAAGUCGUCGGCAUCGUUCUCGCGCCACGACUCGAACCUUGUUGGCAUGAGCUUUUGCCUCCUCUCGGUGCUCGCCGUCGUCGUUGCCAUGGUGUUCCUCGUGCGCAAGUACUCGCGGCGCCACAUCUACCUCGUGACGCACACGGUCGUCGUCGUCGCCUUUCUCGCCUGCUUUGUGCUCUUUGAAUUUGUACCGUCGAUCGACACGCCGCACUCGGCAGCUUCGAACGUGCUCAUUCUGGCGCUCGCGCUCCUCGUCGUCUUUCAAACGUGCGGCCCGGGCCUCCUCUUUGUGCUCAUCGUCUCGGAGAUGUUUGGUCAUGGCGCGGUCCGCGCGCGCUACAUGAGCUACUGCACGUUCGCCAUGUCGGCGUUCUCGCUCCUCAUCAACGGCACGAUGCUCUCGCUCUUUGAGAGCAUUGGGGUCGGCGCGACCUUUGGUGGCUAUGGCUUGACGUACGCAGUCUGCUUGGCUGUGUUUUACAAGUGGCUGCCCGAAACAAAGGCACGUGGUAUCAUGGAGCAUUGAGCAAACCGAUCGAGUAGCGACGUCGUAGGCUAAUACGUAUCGUGUUUGCGGUUCUUGGAUA